AUGUCCCACAAGAUCGCAGCAUCACCCGGAUCAUCAUACAGCAAUGCAACUGCUGAGGCUAUAAAGGAGCUAAUGCUUGAGAGCUCUGAACUAACAGAAGAGCUUCAAGAGCUAUUAAACACUCAAGCAGCCCAGCUUUUUGGGAAACCAAAUGGCACAGGGACUAAGUUCGGCAGAGACAACAAACAGCGGAAACAAUUAUCUCAAACCAAUAAGGGAGGUGUCCAGAAAACACGCAGUCAUCUAAAAAGAACCAUGAGCAAGUUAGAAGAGGUGACUAGUGCACUGGCCGAUACUCUCAAACAGGAGGUGGACAUACAAGCAUCAUUUGUUGCUCGGAUGGAGCGAGACUCAGUGCGGAUAGGGAAACUUCAAGAACGGGUGCGGUUCAUUGCUCAAGAUAGUAAAGAGGCACAAGAGUUACAGCUGGUGCUUUUUGAAGAGCAGGAUGUAGAUAACGAGAUUGACGAUUUAAAGAAACGAUUAGCAGAACUUCAAGAACGAAAGAAGCAGUUAAAACUUAAUAAAGAACCUCUGCAAUCUGUGAUUUCUGCACACACUUCAUCAUACCGUGGUGAACUUGCUCAGAUUCAAACAAAGCAGCAAGCUGCACUGGCAGCCCACUUCGCGCGGCAACAACAUCCGCCACCACAGGUACGUGUUUUACAAAGCGCAACAGGCCUUGAGGCUCAAACAGCAGUGACGGACGCCUUAGAUGCGGUGCUAGCAGAAUUGGAUGCUGUAACUGAGCAGCACGAACGAUCAGUAAGGGAGCGGGAUGCGCUUUGCGACGGUGUAGUUGUAUGGCAAGAUGUUUGCCAGAUUGUCGAGGACAUGGAAGACUCGGUGGAAAAAGCAGCAUCGAUUUUCGUUAUGAAUGGUAGCAUUGGCGAAAUGCCGUCGGAGACCAUGGCUAAGGCACUUCGGCAAGCUCACACAGCUUUGGAGGAGCACUUUGAGCUUGCAAGACGCAACAACUGGAUACUGCUGAUGGCUGCAAUUUCUUGUGAGCUAGAGGCUGUUUCUCAGGCCUUGGAGGUGGUUCAAGAGCACAGUGAGACAGGUGGUUCGAGGUAA